AUGGAAGUCCACGAGACUUCCUGGCCGCAACUGGAUCACGAAGCAAUGACAGCGGCGACGAGGGGUGAUUGUGUCACAGAGCCACCACGAGCCGAUCAACGCCAUGGUUCGACCUCGCAUGACCAGGAAUGGGCCGAAUUCCUUCGUUCGUACUCGCAGGGUGGCCUGGACCCUACAACAUCUUCCGACAACAUUGGAUUCGGACUCAUGGGAGUUGACGACAACAUGCCUGCCCAGUUUGGAGCUAUGAACCAAUUUCAAGACCACCCCGACCCAGCAUCAACGACCGCUACCAACAGCUCGUUGUCAUCGUCACUGAACCACCCAAACGGCGCUUCGCACCCUUUUCAGACUUGGCCGGUCGUUAACAAUGCGCCCCUGAUGGCUUACGAGCAAUCCCCUUUCCACCCAGCGCCGUGGAUGGCCGAGCCUCAUCAUCACCAGCAACCACAUCAUUACGACCAACCGCCGCUUACCUUUGGCAUGCAAGGACGAGAAGGCUUGGGCAUACACCUACCGCCAACCUCACACCCUAUCGACGCCCAGCAUGCCAUGCACUUCGGCGGACCUUUCAUCGACCACGAGUCGCCCAUCGCCCAGCACCACCACGAAGACUUCAAACAUGACAUGAGUAUUCCUCCCGCUCAUCAUCUCCACCCCUCCGCGCACGACGACCUCUUCGCAGGCGAAGACCUCGACGAUCGCGAGGUCUCCGCCGACCCUGCCGAUCCGUGCUAUGCGCAGCUGCUCUAUUCAUGUUUGAAAAAGGCUCCUGAACACACGCUAUCGCUGCGGGAGCUAUAUGACUGGGUCCAGCAACACAGUCAGAAAGCCAAAGAUCCCAAGAAUCGAGGCUGGCAGAACAGCGUGCGGCACAACUUGUCCAUGAACGCCGCCUUCCAACGAGUCCCCCACAACAACUCCAACACCCACCUUCCCAAGAAAGGCUCCCUCUGGCGCCUCACCCCGGACGCCCUCCGCUCCGGCGUCAUCUCCACCACCCGCUACCGCAAAGACCCCAAACGCAAACCGGACACCCGGCGCUCUGCCCCGGCCCUGAACCGCCAAACCUCCGGUGCAAAAGGCGGCCGCGCAACCCGAGACGCCACCCGUGCGCGCCAGCGCGAGCGCGAACGCAGGGCGAGAUUCGAGGGUUGGAGUCGCAGCGCGAGUCCGCCGGGGAGUGGCGUCGUCACGCCCACGAGUCCGUAUUUCGGGUUCGCUGGCCCAGGACCAGGGCAGAUUGGCGGCGGGGCGGCGUACGAGAUGCUGCUGCCGACGAGUGCGCCGCAGACGCCGCCGGAGUGGGAGGCGCAGUUCCAUCAGCAUCAUCAUCAGCAAGCGCAAGAAGCGAAACAUCAUCAUUCCCUUCAUCAUCAUCAGCAUCCUUUCGAUGUGCAAAGUGGGGCGUUCGAGUUCCUGCCGUUGGAUAUGGGGACGCAUGGCGGUGGAGGGUUGUUUGGGAAUCAGGAUGCGGAGAUGCAGACGCCGACGCCGAGUUUGAUGACGGAGGGGAGUUGGCCUGGGGAGGAGGGGGGACUGUUGCCGCCGAGUAGUGUUGUUGUUGAGGGGGAGGGGGGGUAUUGA